CAAUAUUUUUCUAAUAAUUCUAAUAAUUUCUAAAAUAAUACAGGUUGACUUUAAAAUUAUUUUAAAACAAAUUAAACACUAAUGACAAAUGUUGAAAAAAUGUGUGAAAAAAAUACAAAGGUCAAUUAUAUAGUGCGUGAAUUGCAAUUAUGCGAUUCCCGUGAAGUGCACGAAAUCCAGGGGUCUGUCGGCUGGUCGAGACAAAUACACGAAUCGGAAGUUAUUAUGAAUAUCGACCCCAACGGCCAGUAUGUGGCCCAGGAUAUAGACACCGGAAAACUGUUGGGAUACUUGUGUGGUGUUAAUGUGACUGAGGAUUUAGCCUACCUUGGAUCCUACAGUGUGCGACCAGAAUACCAGGGUCAGGGUAUUGGUAAAGCAUUGUGCGCUAAGAUUAUUGAACACUUGGGCGACAGAAAUCUCGGACUUGUAUCGUCUAAACAAAAAACAUUUGAGCUUUACAGAGAUGUUCAUAAUUUCAAGUAUAUUUCCGACAGACGUGUGAUUGUAAUGGUCGGUCCACUGACCCCUAACCCACAACUUAUUGAUAAUAUCGAUGGCAUCUCUUUGGUGUCCAUCGAUGGACACAACGUUCGCGAUGUCAUUGAAUACGACAAACACGUUAGCGGUUUAGACCGCAGUGUACUCAUUGAGAGCUUAUAUAAAAUCCCAGAAAAUAUUAAUUUAGUAGCAAUUGACGACCAUGGUCAUGUGGUGGGUUAUUGUUUCAUACUUGAAACAAUUAACGGAGUGUACUCGGUUGAGCCCCUGUAUGCUGAUAAUGAACACAUCGCUGAGUUAUUGGUCGGCAAAUGUGUGGCACGUUUGCCGCCAAACCGGACGUUAAAGUACAGGUGUUGGACCAGUAGUGAAAAGGCACAGAUGAUAGGCACUAAACUUGGAUUGAGCGAGGUAGUCCGAAUGUGGACCAUGUACACCAAAAAAUUAGUUGACCCAGCUCAUAUUGAUAAAGCCUUUUGUCCCGCU